AUGGCGGACGAAAUAGCUCGCAAUCAGCAGUAUGAGUAUCGACAGAACUCAAAUCUGGUGUUGCAAGUGGAUUACUCUCUCACGGACAAGCGAGGAAGAGAUGAAGCCACCGGAGAGGUUAUGCCGUUGAGCGACAAGGCCCUGCGCGGCACCAAAAUGGGAGACAGAUACUUGCGACAGAAGGCACCUACAGAAAAGGACAAGAAACCAAGAAAAAAGAAGCAAGAAGACGAACGCACUUCACGUCACACAAAGGCGUCUCUGCUGUCCGAUUCUCAUGAAAUGAUGGGUGCCUACAAGCCUCGCACGCAAGAGACCAAGCAGACCUACGAAGUCAUCCUCGCUUUCAUCCAGGACUCGCUGGGUGAUCAGCCACGAGACAUUCUCUGCGGAGCAGCCGACGAAAUUCUCAGCGUCUUGAAGUCGGACAAGAUUCGCGAAAGAGAAAGAAAGAGGGAGAUCGAAUCGUUGCUCGGCAAUUUGACUGAUGAACGUACGGCCCUUCUCAUCAAUCUCGCCAAGAAGAUCACCGAUUUCUCGAUCGAGGACGAUAAGCACGAGGAAGAAAUCGACGAAACUGAAGGCGUGAACGUCCACUUCGACGAGUCGGACGAAGACCAGGAUGAGAUGAACGACGAGAUCAAGGGUGACGAUGAUAAGAGCGGCACCGAGGAAGAAGAUGGCGAAGAAGCCGAUUACUCUGAGACGUUGAAGGCUGACGGGAUUGAUGAUGAGGACGAUUCACAACGUCGUGGCACUGCUCUCCAUUCCCGUGACAUCGAUGCUCAUUGGAUCCAACGAUCGCUUGGCAAAUUUUUCAAGGACCCAAUUGUCGCGCAGGAGAAAAUGAAGGAGGUGCUGGCUAUUCUGAAGCAAUCUUCCGACGAUCGUGAUUGCGAGAACCAGCUCGUGCUUUUGCUGGGUUUCGAGGCUUUCGAUUUCAUCCGCGUUCUCCGAACCCACCGCAAGCUCGUCCUCUGGUGUACACUUCUGAAGCAGGCUUCCCCGGAAGAAAAGGUUCACAUCGAGGAGGAGAUGCGUUCCAACCCGGAGCUCAAUUUCAUUAUUCGCCAGUUCGAUGAGACUGAUGCCAACAUUGUCGACUCCGAGCGAGAAAAGCGUGCGAAGGCCUCACUCAAGAAGGCUGACAAUGCUGCCGGCGAAGAAGCUGUCUUGGCAGGAGCUUGGAUGACCCAACGCAAGAACCUGGAUUUGGACGAAUUGACGUUCGCACAGGGCAGCCAUUUGAUGAGUAACAAGAGCUGCUCCCUCCCAUCCGGCUCCUUCCGUCAACAGAAGAAAAGUUACGAGGAAGUCUGCGUCCCAGCCUUGAAGCCGAAGCCGUUUGAUCCCAACGAGAAACUCAUGAACAUCUCUGAUCUUCCUGCUUUUGCGCAGAAGGGUUUUGAAGGCUACAAGGCGCUCAACAGGAUCCAAUCGAAGCUCUGCAAGUCCGCCUUGGAGACUGAUGAGCACAUUCUUCUCUGUGCCCCAACGGGAGCCGGUAAGACGAACGUGGCGAUGCUCUGUAUUCUGCACGAAAUUGGCAAGCACUUGAACGAGGACGGCUCUGUGCGACUCGACGAGUUCAAGUGCAUCUACGUCGCCCCGAUGAAGUCGUUGGUGCAGGAAAUGGUCGGCAGUUUCACGAAGCGACUCGAACCCUUUGGAAUCAAGGUCGGUGAAAUGACUGGAGACGUGCAGAUGAAUAAGGAACAGUUCAUGGCGACUCAAAUUAUCGUUUGCACCCCCGAGAAAUACGAUAUUGUCACCAGGAAGGGAGGCGAGCGCUCGUACAACCAGCUGGUCAAGUUGAUCAUCAUCGACGAGAUUCACUUGCUCCAUGACGAUCGUGGACCGGUCCUCGAGGCCAUUGUUGUCAGGACUCUCCGCCAAAUGGAACAGAACCACGAUGACAUCCGUUUGGUCGGUCUCUCCGCCACCCUGCCCAACUACCGCGAUGUAGCCCAUUUCUUGCGCGUGAAGGAGGAGCAUCUUUACUUCUUCGACAACAGCUAUCGACCGGUUCCACUCGAGCAGCAGUACAUCGGAAUCACCGAGAAAAAGGCCCUGAAGCGCUUCCAGGCCAUGAAUGAGGUUGUCUAUGAGAAGAUCAUCGAAUUGGCCGGCAAAAGUCAAGUGCUCGUCUUCGUCCAUUCGAGGAAGGAGACCGCUAAGACAGCAAAGGCGAUCCGCGACGCUUGUCUUGAGAAGGAUACACUGUCGCUCUUCAUGAAGGAGGGAUCGGCUUCAACGGAAGUGCUGCGAAGCGAGGCGGAAAAUGUGAAAAACCAAGAUCUGAAGGAUUUGCUGCCAUACGGUUUCGCUAUCCAUCACGCUGGUAUGACGAGGGUCGAUCGUUCGCUGGUUGAAGAUCUCUUUGCCGAUCGUCAUCUCCAGGUCCUUGUUUCGACCGCUACUUUGGCCUGGGGUGUGAACUUGCCCGCCAACACCGUCAUCAUCAAGGGAACCCAAAUCUACAACCCGGAAAAAGGCCGCUGGACUGAACUGGGCGCACUUGACGUGCUCCAGAUGCUCGGUCGUGCCGGUCGUCCUCAAUACGACACGAAGGGCAAGGGCAUCCUCAUCACCCACCACUCGGAACUCCAAUACUACCUCUCGUUGAUGAACCAGCAGCUGCCCGUCGAAUCGCAGAUGAUCUCCAAGUUGACCGACAUGAUGAAUGCGGAAAUCGUUCUCGGCAACAUCAACAAUGUCGCUGAUGCAGUUAACUGGCUGAAGUACACUUAUCUCUACGUGCGCAUGGUCAAGAACCCCACGCUGUACGGCAUCUCCGCGGAUCCGGGCAAGGCCGACACGGCUCUGGAGCAACGAUGCGCUGAUCUGAUCCACACUGGAUGUAUUCAGUUGGACAAGGGCAGUCUCAUCAAGUACGACAAAAAGAUGGGCUCGAUCCAGCCGACCGAGCUUGGCCGUAUUGCUUCGCAUUACUAUUGUACCUUUGAUUCAAUGCAGACCUACAACCAGUUGCUGAAGCCGACUGCGACCGAGAUUGAUUUGUUCAGAAUCUUCUCGCUGUCAUCCGAGUUCAAGUUGAUCUCCGUUCGCGAGGAAGAAAAGCUCGAACUCCAGAAGCUCGCCGAGCACGUCCCGAUCCCCAUCAAGGAAAGCCUCGAGGAAACCUCGGCCAAAACCAAUGUCCUGCUGCAGGCCUACAUUUCACAACUGAAGCUUGACGGGUUCGCGCUCCAAGCCGAUAUGGUGUACGUGGCCCAAUCCGCCGGCCGUCUUUUCCGCGCCAUCUACGAGAUUGUACUUUGGCGAGGAUGGGCUCAGCUUGCGCAGAAAGUGCUCAGCCUCUGCAAGAUGGUCAACCAGCGGCAAUGGCAGUCGCUGAACCCGCUGCACCAGUUCAAGAAGAUUCCAUCGGAAGUCGUGCGCAGCAUUGACAAGAAGAACUAUUCCUUUGAACGAUUGUACGAUCUGGAUCAGGUGCAGCUCGGCGAGUUGAUCAAGAUGCCGAAAAUGGGCAAGCCGUUGUACAAAUUCAUUCGCCAGAUCCCGAAACUCGAGAUGACCACAUUGAUCCAGCCGAUCACCCGGUCGACUUUGAAGAUUGAGCUGACGAUCACGCCAGACUUUGUCUGGGACGAGAAGGUGCAUGGUGGCGCUGAGGGAUUCUGGAUCUUUAUUGAAGACGUUGACGGCGAAACAAUCCUGCACCAUGAAUAUUUCUUGCUGAAACAGAAAUUCUGCACCGACGAGCACGUCGUGAAGAUGUUUGUGCCGGUCUUUGAUCCCCUUCCACCGCUCUACUUUGUCCGCAUCGUCAGCGACAAGUGGCUUGGAUCUGAGACGGUGCUCCCAAUCUCCUUCCGCCACCUCAUCCUCCCGCAGAAAUACCCGCCUCCCACCGAACUUCUUGAUCUGCAACCGCUCCCUCUUUCUGCGCUGAACAAUGAAGAAUUUGAGUCGAUUUUCAAGCAGAAGCGGAUUAACACUUUCAACCCUAUCCAGACUCAAGUGUUCCGUACCGUGUACGAGGGCAAGGACAACGUACUCAUCUGCGCCCCACAGGGCUCCGGCAAGACGGCCUGUGCCGAACUGGCGAUUCUGAGGCAUUUCGAAAACGCCCCAGAAGCCCGUGUCGUCUACGUGGCCCCGAAUGAGGAUUUGGCGACGAAGACUUACGAGGAUUGGCAAGAACGUAUCGGCAAGGUGCUCGACAAGACCAUCGUUAUGCUGACUGGCGAGCCGACUUUGGACCAGAAGCUUCUUGCCAAGGGCUGGCUAAUUGUCUCGACGCCGGAACGAUGGGAUGCCGUCUCUAGACGCUGGAAGCAAAGAAAGGCCGUCCAGAACGUUCGCCUCUUCAUCGUCGACGAUCUGCACAUGAUUGGUGGAACGACAGGGCCGGUGAUGGAGGUCGUCUGCUCGAGGAUGCGCUACAUGGCCUCUCAGAUGGAGUCGAAUCUGCGGAUCGUUGGAUUGGCAUCAUCACUCGCUAACGCCAACAACGUGGGAAUGUGGCUGGGUUGCCCGGCAAGCUCAACGUUCAACUUCCCACCAAGCUGUCGCCCGGUACCGCUGGAGAUGUACCUUCAGGGUUAUAACCUGUCGCACACUGCUACCCGACUUGCCGCCAUGGUGCGCCCGGUGUAUGCAGCGAUUACACGACACGGUGGAAAGAUUCGACCAAAGCCAGCGCUCGUUUUUGUCCCCGGAAGACGGCAGACACGAUCCACCGCCUUGGACAUUCUGACGAUGGCCCACGGAGAUGGUUCAUCGAACCGAUUCCUACACGUGUCCGAAAACGACGAAUUCUUCCAGAAGAUCGUUUCCAACAUUCAGGACGAGGCGCUGCGCGAGACCCUUGUACGCGGUGUCGGCUUCAUCCAUGAGGGCACCUCUGCAAAGGACGUGUUCAGUGUGCAAGAGCUCUUCAACUCGGGUGCUAUCCAGGUCUGUGUUGUUCCGCGCUCGAUGUGCUAUCAAAUCACGAUGCAAUCGUACCUGGUGAUCAUUAUGGACACGCAAUACUACAACGGAAAGUACCACGUCUACGAGGACUAUCCAAUCGCCGAUGUGCUCCAUAUGAUUGGUUUGGCCAGUCGCCCGGAUCGAGACCAGGACGCGAAAGUCGUUCUGAUGUGCCAAUCGUCGAAGAAGGACUUUUUCAAAAAGUUCCUCUUCGAGCCGUUGCCCGUCGAAAGCCACUUAGACCACCAGCUGCACGAUCAUUUCAACGCGGAGAUUGUCACGAAGGUCAUCGAGAACAAGCAAGAUGCUAUUGACUACCUGACGUGGACUUUCCUGUACCGGCGUAUGACGGAGAACCCGAACUACUACAACUUGCAAGGGACAUCUCAUCGUCACUUGUCGGAUGCACUUUCCGAAUUGGUCGAAAAUACUUUGAAGGAUCUCGAAAACAGCAAGUGCAUUGCCGUGAAGGACGAAAUGGACACGAAUCCGUUGAAUUUGGGAAUGAUUGCUGCCUACUACUACAUCUCCUACACCACGCUCGAGCUCUUCUCCCUUUCACUGCAGCCCAAGACGAAGAUGCGUGCCUUGUUGGAAAUCCUCGCAUCAGCCAACGAAUUCACGGACAUCCCGAUGCGCCAUCGCGAAGAUGUCGUACUACGACAGCUUGCUGCCCGACUUCCGAAUCAGCUGAAGCACCAGAAGUACACCGACCCGUCAGUCAAGGUCGCGCUCCUCCUCCACGCUCAUCUGUCGAGGAUAAAACUGUCUGCGGAGCUGAACAAGGAUACCGAACAGAUUGUGCUAAAAGCUGUGCGACUGGCCCAAGCAUGCGUCGAUGUGCUCAGCAGCAACGGAUGGCUGUCCGCUGCUAUCCACGCCAUGGAGCUUUGCCAGAUGUUGACGCAGGCUAUGUAUUCCUCGGAGAGCUACUUGAAACAGCUCCCGCAUGCCACCCAAGCGUUGCUCGACCGCGCCAAGGAGAAGAAGGUCGAAUCCGUCUUUGAACUUCUCGAGCUCGAAGAUGACGACAGAACGGCCCUGCUCAAAAUGGACGACGCGAUGCUGUCGGACGUGGCCCGCUUCUGCAAUAACUACCCGGCCAUCGAAAUUGAGCACACGCUUUCGAAGGAUUCUGUGACUAUGGGCGACCAAGUGACCAUCUCCGUGACGCUGGAGCGCGAGAACGCCGACGACAAUGGAUUGGCGCCGAAGGUGGUGUGCCCGUUAUUCCCGCAAAAGCGCAAGGAAGAGGGCUGGUGGUUGAUUGUCGGUGACCAGGCGAACAACGAGCUGCUGUCUAUCAAACGCAUGACGGUCAACGAAAAGGCGGCCGCCCAACUGGAAUUCGCCCUGAAGACGGCCGGCACAAAGAAGCUGAAAUUGUUCUUCAUCUCCGACUCGUAUCUGGGCGCGGAUCAAGAAUUCGAUUUUACCGUCAAGGUUGAAGAUUCCCGUGCCCGGAAGCGCCGCCCUUCAACAUUUUCGCUGGACUGCGACUUCAGGACGGAUUGUUGCUGGCGGAGCGCGGAGGGUGAGGGGAAAUGGGAGAAGCGGACGCGGAUAUCCGCCAAUGAGUUCCGGCGGACCUUUCUUGUUGGGAAAGGCAUCCGACAGCCAGAAGGCCCAUUCGUGAUGCGUGCCGAGAACGGAGACAAAGAAGAAGGGGGCUCCUCCUACAUGUCGUGCCCGUUGUGCUCGAAGUCGGCGGUGACCGUCCGAUUCCGCCAUUGGCAAUCGCCGACGGCCCAGGUCAGCUUGUGCUGGCAAUCUGUGGCGGGGCAAGAGGGAGUGGAUAAAGAAGAAGAAGACUGCUCACCGAUUUCAGCCACCGAGCAAAGCGUCAUCACGAAAAAGACGUUGUUCGUCCCGAUUGGCAGGCAAAUUCAGUUGUAUUUCCUCGUGGAAAAUGCAUCGCCAAGAACAUACGGCGUUAUUUUGAUCGACAAAAUUGCUGUGGAAUACAAAGACUGCAAUUCAACAACGGAGGCUGAGAAGGACGAGGAGAAGCAUAGCGCCACCUCUGCCAUCCAAAAAGGCACGUCCGAGCCGAAGAAGACAACGCGCCGAAACCACGUGCCGAGCCAGUUGGAAUCAGGGAUCCGGAAAUUGAAGAUAAAAAGCCUUUUUCCGACCGAUGAGCAGCUGAACAACGAGGUGGCUCGCCAGAUACGGAAUCUGGAGCGCCCCGGAAUCAAGGAUAAGGAUACAGCUUAUGCAAAAGAGAGGGACGGGCAGUUGGCGGGACGGCCGAAGAAGCAGAAAAAGACUUCAGAAGCUGGUGGACAAGUUUCGACUGGCCACACAGCCAUUUCCCCAAAUAUCUUCACUUCUGAAGAACCAGCCAGCGUCGUUAUGCCCCAACCGGUUGGACAAGCUACCAUAGCAGCAGCCGUCCCAGCAGCUCCACUUGGCCCCACGUCGCUCGGGAAGGAUUUCAAUCCCCUCCACGACCUCGUCGGCAAAGAAUUCUCCGAUUUCCUGGACCCGGGCUUCGUGACGAAGGAUGAGGACGAGGGGGAUGACCCGGAAACUGAAGCAUACUUCAAGGCAGAGAAAAAGAAGGCGAAAAAGGUUGUUCGGCCGCCGAAGAAGACUACUGUUACGCCACUUCCAGCACACUCAGUGGCAGCCUUACCAACAAUUCCACCGACGCUUUCCACUACGCAUCACCCACUUCAGGCUAUCUUCAAGCAUCCGAAUGAAUGCUCGACGCCUGGAGGUUGUUUGUUUGAGAACGGGCUCUGCUCCUACACGCACGCCACCCUCGAUCCCAACCAGCAGUUCAGGAUUACUAAAGUCGGCACGUCAAGCUUCGCGCUGGCCGUCGUCCAGCCCAGUGCCAUGGUCGUCAUCGAGGCGCCCACCAAUUUCGACAAGGAGCAUUUGAUUGUCAUGGAUGUACUCGAGAACUCGGCGGAUGUCAGUUUGAGGGGAUGCUGCCAGGUGAAUGGCCAAGCUCAACUCUACUGUCCAUUCGGGACUCCAUUCGAGGGUUCGGUUGUGAUGUGGCAAUCGGGCAGAUUUACUUGUCCGGCUAACACUAUUAAGCUGGUGUUCAUGUGCGAAAACCGGAGCGGUACCACGAUCGGGCAGUGCGGCAUCGAUAAUUUGAGGCUUCACCUACCCUCUGAUAUUCUUCUAUGGGAACCUUGUCAGAAAGAUCAGCUGGCUCGAUUG